AUGGCUCUGGACUACUACAAGAUCUUGGGCGUGCCCAUGGUGGCCACCGCCGGCGACAUCAAGAAGGGCUACCACAAGGGCGCGCUCAAGUGGCAUCCGGACAAGAACACCGACCACAAGGAUGAGGCGGAGAGGCGGUUCAAGCAGUUAUCGGAGGCCUACGAGGUUCUCAAGGACCCGAUGAAGCGCGCGCUGUAUGAUAUGCUCCAUGCCGGGGACGCGUUCAAGCGGUAUGCCCCGCCGCCGCCGACUCCAGCGGCGACCAACACUGCCCGUGCAGGUGCAGGCUCGGGUGGCGCGAGCGGUCCAGGCCAGGGAGGCGCGGCGGGCUUUUCCGGCUACGGAGGCACGAAGCCCGCCGGUGGUGCAGGAACGGGACGCGCGCCGGGCGCGGCUAAGGGCCAGACUAGGGGGUUCUCCCGCUCCGGAGCGGCGAAACGUGCAGGCGGUGCAGGUCCGGGACACGCUCCUGGCUCGAACCGCGCCGGUGGUUUAGAUCCGGGAGCCGCGCCUAAGACCACGGGUUGUGCGGGCACUGGAGGCCAAAAGCGCGCCGGUUGUGCAGGCUCGGGAGGCAAGAAGCACGCCGGUGGUGCAGCGGGACGAGCGCCAGGCGCGGCUAAGAACACAGGCUCUGCGGCCACCGGAGGUGAGAAGCGCACCGGUGGUGCAAGCCAGGGAUGCGCGCCGGGUGCGACUAAGGCCAAGGACAGUGCGGCAACCGGAGGCGCGAACCGAGAUGCUCGCCCGGAAGCGGCAAGGAGUAUGGGCGCAGGUGGUGCCGGCAAUGGAGGCAUGAAGCACGCGGGUUAUGCACGCUCCGGAGCUGCAAGGGGCACAACGAGAAUGCAAUGGGUACCCAAAAUCCGUGUAGCAGAUGGGUAA